AUGUCAACGGAAUCACAGAGAGCUUCAGACACAUCUUCAGACACAUCUUCACCCAUAACUUCAGACACACCCGUCAAAGUACUAAGACUAGGUGUCGACGGAUUCAUUUCCUCGCCUCUCAUCAAAGUUCUCGUUGGGCCUGAGUCUCAGCGUUCAGAACUGUUUGUUCACCAGUCCAUCAUAACGUCGCGAUCCAAGUUCUUCGCCAACGCGCUUAGUGGCAGAUGGAACAACUCUGACGCGAAGACUAUCAAUCUUUACGAUCUAAACCCUGAGCUGAGAUCAGAAGAUGUUGAGCACUAUUUGGAAGCCGUCUAUACGAAUCGCAUCACGCUCAAGGAUGACUCGAGCGUUCUUGAACGUAUAUGUCACGUAUACGUGAUAGCUGAAUUGCUGCUCGAUCUACACACUCGUAAUCUGGCAACUCAGGCACUGUAUGAGCAGAUCUCCUUCCGUGAAUCUUAUGGUUGGUGCGGUCUCGGACGCCAUGGUUUACUUCAGUGCGAUGAUUUGCCCAAACGGUUCUUGAGUGAGCUAGCGACGGCUGCGUUGAAGGAGGAACACGGACCGUUGUUGUAUCAUUUGGACACAUACCUCGAAGACAAUUCAUAA